AGCGGCCCCGGCUCCUGGGAUCUUCCCCGGGGUGUGUUCGCUGGAGGAGCGGCUCUGAACACAGUGUGCCAGCAGGUAAUAAUCAUAAUAAUACUGAUACUAAUAAUAAUACUGAUACUAGUAAUAAUAUUGCUGAUACUAGUAAUAAUAUUACUGAUACUAAUAAUAAUACUAAUAAUAAUACUGAUACUAGUAAUAAUAUUGCUGAUACUAGUAAUAAUAUUACUAAUAAUACUGAUACUAAUAAUAAUACUGAUACUAAUAAUAAUACUGAUACUAAUAAUAAUACUGAUAAUAAAACUGAUACUAAUAAUAAUACUGAUACUAAUAAUAAUACUGAUACUAAUAAUAAUACUGAUAAUAGUAAUAAUAUUACUGAUAAUAAUAAUACUGAUACUAAUAAUAAUACUGAUAAUAAAACUGAUACUAAUAAUAAUACUGAUACUAAUAAUAAUACUGAUACUAAUGGGGGGUCUGAGCAGUGAGCCCCCAUUGAGCACAGUGUGCAGUGUAUGGGUAUCUGUAUGGUAACCAUGGGAGGUGUAACAUGUACUGAGACCUGUUAUAGGCAUUGUAUGUCCUGACUUAUAACAAAGCUCUGGGUUAUAUGGCUUGAUUCAAACAAAGCAAUGCCACUGUGUGUGUUAUACAUUAUAUAUAUAUAACAUUUAUUUUAAAUAGAAUUUAUUAACCAUAUUUAGAGAAUGGGUAGUAAAUAUUUCUUGUUUCCCAGUAGUGAAACAUAAUAAAUACAGUAUGUACUAUAGUUUACUGUAUUGUAUAGACCACUGAGCAACAUCACCACAAGUGUUAAUGAAAAGAUUUAAUAACGCAGAACAACUUGUAAAAUAAUAUAUUUGAUACAUUAGUAUCUGUUUAAUAUAUAUGUUCUGGAUUAUUUCUCUAAUAUCACCAUACUUCUGGUGGUUGCUUUCAAUUUUUUUUACCAAACAGCAGUUAUGGGAAAUAAUAUGUGCAUGCGCACCAAUGGUUGUCUGCUUAGAGUGAAUUUAGUCCUGUUCACAUGUCAUUUUUGCCAGCCACACCCAAAACGCAUCAACAGUUAUGUCUACACAUGUUGGCUAAUCUGACUACGCUAUGGACACUGUUCCCACUCUUCAUACCAUUAUAGUUCCAACCACUAACAUUCUAUUAGACAAUUUCUUUUAAGUAAUAGUUUUGUAAAAUUGUAUUAAACUAGAAGUGCCAUUUUUCUGGAAGUGACAUUUCUUUGUCCCCUCAUCCCCGUAAAUACUAUUGAAGCGUAUUUUCAGUUGAAUAAAGCAAUGUAGAAAAGUUUUAGAAAAACAACAACUUACUUCUGCUGCACUUUCAUGUUCUAGGCAACAUCACUGCCCCAUGAUUCCUUGGAAGCGCUCAUGAUUGGUCAGUUAUCUACAGAGAAAUGCUGUAUGAAUUCAUGCAUGUGCUUAGGCAUUUCUAUAGUGGUGACAAUGAAAAACAAAAGUAAGAAUGUGAUAAAAGAAGGUGCUCAAUAAUCUGUGUGGAUCACUCUAAAAACACACAACAUAGUGAAAAUAUAAAAAUACAAAAGUAAGGGCACACAAUAUUGCAUAAAUACCACAGAUAAACUAUUGAUGUGGAGUCUAAAAGUGCAAAUAUAAAAAGACUGUAGGUUAAUAUAGUUAUUAACACAGUUAAAAUAUAUAUACACUCUACUGGUCCAACUCACAUGGUUCUGGGCCACUUAACAAAGCUGGCUCAGACUAGUAGCCUGAAAUGGAGGCUACAGAGGAUGAUAGUAGUGGGUCAGGAUAUUUCUUUCGCCAAUCUCAGUAACAUCGAUCUUAUACCAUAAAUGCUCCAGGAUGCAGGAAAUAGGGUAAGAAAAAAAUGAUUAAUUGGACAAAAACAAUAAUAAAAACAACCGCACAUGUAACAUAAAAGUCCGCUGUCCACGUGAUGCGUUUCGGCUAAUGCCCUUCUCAAAAGUGGGUUGCUGCCGUUAUCCUUCAUAGUCUUUGCUUUUAAACCUUUAGAUUUGGCGCCAUUCCCCAACAUCCGCUAGUAGUUCCGGUCCAUAGUUCCGCUUUGGUCAUUAAAAUGCAUCUGGGCGCUUCCGUUCUUUCGUGUCAUAGCGUCCUGAUGUCAUAACGUAAUGACAUCACUAUACGGAUGUCGGUUUCGGAGCUAUAAACUUCCCAUUUGAACAUCUUUAUUCUGGGGCAGCCUAGCACCAUUUUAUUGGAGUCCAUUAUGUAUAUAGCCUGCUAAAAACGCAACUUAUAAACAAAUAAACAAAUGCACACACACACAAAAAAAAAUGGUUGACACAAUACAUAUAUAAAAUAAGACAUUGUCACCAUUAGUACAUAUUAAUAAGUAAAGGAUUGAAAGGACAUUUAAAAAGCAUCCUGAUUAAUAUUAUAAAACCAGAUUAAAUUGAUAAAACCUGUAUAAAAACAAAAGAUCCCAAAACAUAGUUAGUAAAUAUUUCAUAUAAAAGAGUUUAUUUUGAAAUCGUCAUUUAAGCCGUGAGGUAAUAAGGUAUCAAUGUUAAAAAUACACCUCAUCUCUGACUUGCUAAGGAGGCUAUUAAUAUCUCCUCCUCUCCAAUGAAUUGUAACACUUUCAAUGCCCAUAAAUUCUAGUCCACUGGCAUCACCCUUAUGGACCUCUAGAAAGUGUUUAGAUACGCUGUGUUAAUAAAGUUUUCUAUUAAACUUAUAAAUAUGUUCUCUUAGGCGUAUCUUGAGGGCUCUUGUUAUUUUCCCUAUAUAUUGAAAUCCACAGGGGCAUGUUAAGAUGUAUAUUACGUUUUUAUAAGCUGCUUUUUUGGAGCAUUAUUGCUAUUACCCAUAUUUUAUUAAUAUUGGUCUCUAAGGAAGUCCCAGAGGUGAGACGAAACGCGUAAGACCAAACCAAUUUUUAUUGUUAUCGUAAUAAAUCAAUCUAUUUUAUACCCAUCUACCUAUCGGAGUCCUGCAUAGUUCCUGAUAUUGGGUGAUACCUUGAUCCUGAGAAGCAGCCAUUAGCCCCCCACUUACUUCGGGGGGGGGGGAGAUUUUAGAGCAAAUUUAACUUCAUUUUCUCAUGAGUGCAAUUUAUAGCAGGGAAUAUUAUUUUCUAUCAAACUGUUUUACACUAUGUUUUGUUUAUUUAUUAUUUUUUAGGAAUAUCAUCUGAGUCCCACAUGUAUUGUACAUAUUUCUAUGUACUCUUAUAGUGUUCGAAGAUCACUUUCAAUGAAUACUCACCUCAUUUGGUUACCAGCAAUCUCUAGGCUGUAUUCAAUAGGGGCACAGUAAACCCUAUAGCCAACACAUGGCAAAUAGACAGCUUGAGAUGAUUCUGGUAGUCUUAUUGGGGCACGGUAGCCUUGAAAUAUGUUUUGGCUGUUGUAUUUUACAGCUACCAUGCCUCCAUACCAUGAGUAUUUUUAUUUGUAAAGUCAUCUUGACUUGCUUAUGCUAUUUUUUGUCUGUAGUCGAAAACUAUUGUUUGGAGUACUAGAACAAAAAGGAAGCCCAAAUAAAAAGUGGGAGUGUGAGGUUUCACUCUCUCUCUAUAAGAGUUUAUUCUCCAAAUACCUGAUGGUGAUAGAUGAUGUAGAAGGUUUCUUGGCACUAAAAAACAGGUCCAGAUUUUUUCUGCUCCUGUGUCCUGUUUCUUCUUAGCGCUGUAAUACAGUAAGUUUGUGAAUUAGUUCUUCUAUUCUGAAUCCCAGCUAUUUUUUUAUAUUACCUGUGCUGGUUUGAUUAUCAAUGCUUGAUAAACCAGACCAGGUUAUACCCGUUUGUAUCUCUAUUUACAUUGAGAAAAAGCACUAACUUUGUAUAUUUUUUUUUUCAUAUCGACCGAUACUAGGGAUCUAAUAUUAAUAAUGCUAACCUGAUUAUUAUGAUAAUGAUCUAAAUGUUGUUUUAUUGACUUUUAUAUGUGCAGGUGCUAGUAAGAUUCAUACCGAAGUAAGUCCUGCACUUAAACACCCACUACUCCUGGGCAGCAGCAAUGGCUAUAGUAUUCGCCCAAAUUCAUAGAACAAAACAAAAUCCCCGCAAAACGUUUCCUGCUUAGUAUCCCAUGAAUAUUUAAUAACAGUUUUUUUUUUUGUAGCAUACCAAUUGUCUUUAAUGUGUAAUCACAUCUGCAAUGUGAAGUCAAACCUCUUCUCAGUUCUAUUCUAACAAUUCACCUUCCUGCUUUUAGCUAAAAUCUCUAACAAGACAGAAAUAAUUCUUAUGAGCACCCAGACGCUUUCUGGGCAGCAACACUGUGACAUACCUGGUUAUUUUUAUUUAGUAGCAUUCAUGUUGUCAAUAUGUUUCUUUUUACCUUUCUGUGUAGAAGUGCAAUGUUUUGGGGCCUACAAAAGACUUCACGCUAUUCAUGUGCGUAUGCAUUGCAACUUGCGAUUUUUGCAACCGUGCAUGCAUUCACACAAUAGUGAAGAGAGCAGAGUGAGUAACAUAUUCAAAAAUAACUAAUUGCAAAUGAAGUGGAAUAUUGCGGGUUUUAUGAUAAGGAGUCAAAGCAAAUAAAUGGGGAAGCUCAUGCCAAAUGUCUAUUUUAGUUACCCCUGUGAAGAAAAAAUGUGUGAAACACGAAGAUCUUAUGUCUAGUAACGAAAAUGCAAGGUGAUAUAAAUUAACUAUUAGAAGACUGCUGUUUUGUUUAAGACCCCACAAUGACCUGUAUAUCAGUUAUCAGAAGUACUUUAUCUUAUUGUGGGGGAUAGAGAUAAAAUUUCCCACAAGUUAUCUAAAUAAAGUAGAAAUUGUUUCCUAAGGCAGUUAAAUCAACAGGGAAUGCAGGGUUACUGGAAAAAAAGGUAUAAAGAAAAUCAUUAGUCAAACUAAAGAAUUAGCAGCAAAACAUUAAAACCAAAGUUGCACAUCACUUGUAGAGUUAUUUGAGGUAACAGCCCAAGUCUGCCGUAGCCUGGUUGGCAGCUGGGACCUUGUUUAGGCCUGUCUGUGUGUUGUACAAUUUAAAUAAAAAAUAUCUUAAAGAACACGAUAAAAUUAGGAAUACAAAACUGCAUUCCUAACCCUAUAGUAUACCCCUUUCCCUAUUACUUUAGGUUCCACACUCCCGCGUGCAUAAAAGGGUUAAAACUCUUUUUAACACUCGUCUUAAUUCCAGCAAAGAGGUCCAGCUGCACUGGAUCGCUCCACUCCUCCAGCACCCAUUAGAUCUUCCCCAUAGGAAAGCAUUUAAUCAGUGCUUUCAUAUGGGGAUUUUGAAGACUCUGGAUAUCCUCAAGGAAUGCAUGAAGACGUCCAGUCUUGAUUCACAAAGUUAAACUCUGUGAGAAGCCUGGAAGCACUUCUAAUAGCCACUAGAGGUUGUAAACAUUGCAGGGUAAAGAGGAAAAGGACAAUUCAGCCAGACCACGUUAAUGAGAUGAUAUGGUCUGCGUGCCUAUAUUAUCCCUCUAAGGGAGCAAUCAAAUGAACUAUGGCGCAUCUUUCUCGCUGCUUCCGUUCCUCUCUGCACUGAAAUAUGAGUAAAGGUUAGCUGGAAAGCCGCUGAAAUCAUAUUAUUUUUCUCAGUGGACACCCAUCAAUAGUCUCAGUCAGCAGCUGACUGUCUAAUUCCUCCUCGCAGUUCAGAGGAGAACGGAACGGAAGUCAUGAGGCUGAAGUGCCAGGUCGCUUUGCCAUUCACACAAGGUAUUACUCCUGAAGGUAGGAAAGCCCUCUGGACACCGCUGCCACAUACCAACUUAAAUCAGUUGACGUUUUAUUGGGGUGGAAGUGGCAAAAAUUGUGAAUAGACUUUUUAACAAUGGGUAACUUAAAGGACCACUAUAGGCACCCAGACCACUUCAGCUUAAUGAAGUGUUCUGGGUGCCAGGUCCAGCUAGGGUUAAGCCUUUUUUCUAUAAACAUAGCAGUUUCAGACAAACUGCUAUGUUUAUAUAAGGGUUAAUCCAGCCUCUAGUGGCUGUCUCAUUGACAGCCGCUAGAGGCGCUUGCGUGCUUCUCACUGUGAUUUUUACAGUGAGAAGACGCCAGCAUCCAUAGGAAAGCAUUGUGAAUGCUUUCCUAUGAGACUGGCUGAAUGUGCGUGCGGCUCUUGCCGCGCAUUCAGCCGAGGAGGCGGAGAGCUCCCCGCCCGGCGCUGGAGAAAGAGGUAAGUUUAACCCCUUCCUCACCCUAGAGCCCGGCGGGAGUAUGUUUUCCUGGCACUAUAGUGGUCCUUUAAGUUUAAGGCUAAUAGAGACAAAAUGUAUUGCCAUGUAUAAAUUUAUUCCCAUGAAGAAAAUACAGUUUUGCUUCUUCAGUAAGAUCUCAUGUUAAAUACAAAGUGUAAUAUUGGGUAUAAGUGUUCAAGAAGUACAUUAUUAAACUGGCAAAAUUGCGGAGCUACAAAAUGAAUGUGGCUAAUGUUUCAACAGAAAUUUUGUUUUCUGAAUAUUUAGUUUUAUAAUGAAAGGCUAAGGAAUAAGUAAUCUUGGAGGGAAUUUGACAAAAUGUAUGCAAGCAUCUACAGGCUAAUACAAACUGCUCUAGUGACCUGUUCAUUAACAGAGUUUUUCAAAUGACAAAAUGUCCUCUAUUGACUUUAGGAAAGGAGAUUUCACCCAAAGCACCGUUAAAGCCUCCAUGACCAGUUAUAUUUUUAGAAGUUGUCAUAGAGCAAGCCAUCUGUAUUUGCAGCUUUUCAGCUUAAUAUGUUGACAAUAUAGAGUAAUGUGCGCUUUUGUGCUAGGAUUUAGUUACUCCCCUGGCACACAGGCUGACUUUCUUUUUUUUUUUUUAUUCUUUCACCCCCUUUAUGAACCUACUUUAAAGCUAAUUUUAUAGGUUUUUCAAUACAAAUGGUGGUUUGGGUGGGUGACAAGUGUCCAGUAGGACAUUCUACAUUUUAAAAAGGUUUAGAAUAACCCUUUAAGGAUUCAUGAAAGUAAAGGCAAAUAUAUUUUCUGCCCAGGAUAUGUUUAAUUCAAUUUAAUACAUGCCUUUUAAAGGGAUGCUCCAUAAAUGAUAUACACAGACAGCUCUUUGUAAAGGUUAUGGUGGCACCAAUGGAAAAAAAGCCCCACUAAUCGCUCCCCCAAUAACUCCCACUAAGUCAGAGAAUAGCACAUACCCCGAUAAAACAUACACUACAAAACAAUCAGGCUGGGAACCCCUAAUAACGGUCAUAAAUGGUCAUCUUCCGUCCUGUUCUUCUCUCUGCAUGUGCUUUUGGUGGUUGAAGGGUUAACGAGACAUAUUAUAAUAUGCCAAGUUACUCAUCCUGCAGACAUCAGCAUAUUGCACACAUGAAUGACAAUGUAUGACUAAGUAGACCUAUUUCAGAUAAAGCUGCAAUCCAGAGCAAGAUAUUUGCAUUUUAUUACUUCACUGAAUGUCAGUUCUUCUUUGUAUUUGAUUGCCUACAUUGCAGCCCUAAUUGAGCCAAAAAGGGUUAAAAUCUGUCUGGCAGCAUGUGCUGGAUUUAGGAGCACUAGCUCUGCUGUCCUGUCACUACAUUAUUUAUGAGCUCUAAAUGGAAUUAAACAGUUUCUUCCCUUUCCCAGACCUUAAGAACAUAAUGGUCUGAUUGGAUCAACUCGGCAGGAGGCCCAGCCUCGCAGCAUCUUCUCUCGCCUGCUGCAGGUCUGCUGCCAUACAGCCAACAUCAUAUCCUUUCACCGGCAUUAAAGAGGACAUUAUCACAGAUUCUAAACCUACACGAAAUACUGUUCCUGUAAUGAUUUCAUUUAUAUUUAUAGGUAAUAUUUGGCAUGUAUAAAAAUGGAGGUUAACUGUGGAUUUCUAAUCCUUUUACCAAAGUACUCAUCAGCUAAUCAUAGCAUCCCAGAUACUCGUAAACGUAGCCUCAAGGCUGGGUGACAAUCAUGGGCAAUGUCCAUCAUGUUGGUGCAAUAUUAAUAAUAAUAGUUGAAGUUCAUAAACAAAUAUCUGCAUUAUUAUUCCUUUUCAUUGAUUUUGUUUUUUUUCAGUUUGGAUAUAGACAAUUGGUAUUGAUAAUGCAUCUACACAAUGAUUAAUAAAUGACUCCUUUUAAUGUUCUUUUAUUCAUUGCAGGAACCAGCCGACGACAUGAGCUCCGGAUAUUCAGAAAACAAUAAUUUUCCGUACGAUAACAACCAAAUGGUUUUGGACAUGAUCCUCUGUUCUCUUGUGACUGUUCCUCAGCCAAUUAAUUGGGAUAGUGUUGCCAGACUAGUCCCAGGAUAUACCCCAAAAGAGGUAAAUUUGUAACAAAUUAGUAUUCUAAAAAUAUCUGCUAUUCUCUGCUUUUAGAAAUGAGUUUGUAUAUAUUUAGAAGGGAAAUUCUCAUUCACUCUGCAGUACUGUUGAUGCCACUUUGUAUAUAUGGAUUUCACACAGUGCCUCAGUUUAUUACCAUUGAUAUUUACUAGAUAUUCUUCCUUUAUGGGUUGGGUCAUGAAGCAGCAAAUUAUCUGUGAGAUUUAGCAGUUGUUUGACAUCUCUAAAGUAAUAUAUGUGCAAUUCAUUUUGCAUGCUCUGUCCUUUAGACAUUGGCACAUGUGUUUUAAGUACAUUUGAAAAUAUUUAAUCACAACUUGCCGGUCAACAAAUAAUGUUUUAUAUAACACCACCAGAGCAAAUGUAUUCCUGGAUUUUACAUUAUAUUAGGCUUAUGAGUUAAUUCAAUAAUGCACAUUUUAGGAGGGAUAGCGGGUGCUAACGCUUUAAUGACAAAUAGGACUUUUUUCUAUCCGUGUUCUUUUUAUUACCCUUUCUGGAUGUCCUUGUAGAUGUACAUGUUAUUUGGUAUGCUGCAUUUAAAAUGGGAAGAAAAACUAAACCAUGAUCUUAAUGAUAUUUGAAAAACAAACCAGAUUCACUAUCUAGAACAGUGACCACUUUCCAUGUGACUCCAGUUAUUAAUGAGCUCCUUUCCCUAUGACUUUGCAAUAAUACAGAUAUAAGGUAGAUUGACAGAAUUCUAUACAAUAUCCCAGCAGGAGCAUUUUGCAACAACUGUGUACUGUGACAUAGGUAGCGGGAUUGUAGGUUCACACUUGUUUUUCUAACAAAGUACCAUUCAUUUUCAUAGUUUUGUUAUCUAGUGCUAUAUAUUUAUUUUUCUAUAUAGAUUGCAAAAAUAUAAGGUUUUUUUUUUAUUAUUAAAUAUGGCACAAUGUGUGUAUUGUAAAAUGUAUGUUUUGGACAAUCUAGAAUCAUGCCAAUUUUUUGCACAUCUAAUAGUGUGCCAAACGGUAUGAAGAACUGAAAAACAAUGGGACGUCUCCUGUAGAUAACCAAUAUAAUCCACUCAUGGCAACUGGAGGAAUCCCAUUGGAAAGCCUUGCCACAUAUAUCAAAUCCUCCCUGCUUGAUCCGGCUGAAGAUCAGGAAGAGCUGGAAGUGGGGCAAGGUAUGUGAAUGAAACUCUGUAUGGUUUUAAUUUUAUAAUGCAAUACUUUAUUAUGUUUAUGACAUUUUGUGCUUUAGGACUUUGUAACUUGCCUGAUGGCAAUCUGUCAAUGAAAAGGCUAAAAACCACUGCAUAUUUUGUCUAAAGGGUUACUCCAAGCCUGCUGUAGUAGUUAUGAUUCCCAGGAAUACCCUGGACCCUUUUCCCUGUAAUAGGGCAAACUAUCUUACAGCAGCUUGCCUUCUUUCCUGGAUACUUCUUUCUGGCCUGUGUUGACAUCUGGCUUCUAUAGAGCUGCAGAAGCUGGAAGUCGAUCCCGGCAGCCAUUCAUUACCUGAGAGCGUAAUCUGAAUGCUGUCAGCCAGUUAAUCCAAUUCUGGUCAUAGCAAUGUGCACAAAAUUGAUAUUAGCCAGCUGGAACACCAAACUGGCUAAGGAUGCCCCAAUGAUGCUGCCGGUGCUCCAUGAAAUUUCCCAACCCGGCAGCCGAGAGGUUGAACUAGGCAAGUGCAGCAUUUCACAGUGAAACAUUGUGCAUAGAGACUCCAGGCACCAUGACCACUUUAAAACACUGAAGUGGUCAUGGUACUUGGAGUGACCCUUUAAAAAACACAAAUUAUUUUUGUUAACCUGCUUUUCACAAAUUGUGUGGAUGGAAAGGGAACAUUCAAAAAUUGCCAGCAAGUGUAUAGUUUAAUAGAUAUAAUUACUUGUGUGUGCAUCCUGCACUGAAUGAAGCUGCUACAUAUUGAUCCACUCUCCCCAAAAUGGUGUGAUUGGCAUCCCAAAAUUCCUAGUCUUCAAGUGCAAACUAUGAGUUUUAGAAUGGCGAUCAUGUCAUUAGGAGGCAUGGCUACUGUUUGCACAGCCACCCUUACCAGUGGCAAAGCCAUAAGGCCCAUGUAUGUAAAUAAAUAUAUAUAAAGCUUCAGCUAUUUCAUAUGCUGGCAUAAAGUGCAGAUGAUUUAUUAUGACUGUUUACAUGGCACAGAGUUAUAUUUUACAUGCCAGCUGCUGCCAGAGCAGAUUCUGAAUGGUAUGUGUGACAAACGCUCCUUCUCACGUACGUUUGCCAUGGACUCCUGGUGGAGUGUGGAAGCCGGCCUCAUGCCCACCUACUAUGGUCCAGGUCUGGGACACCUUAGGGAGUUACCCUUCCCAGCUGCUAUUAGCAGCUUUCCCUCUGUGCCCCUGGUUCAACACUUUCCUUUCAUGCAAAUGGAACCGAACGCUGACUCCCUGGCGACCGUUUGCAUUAACCAAACUAACGAAUAGUCCUCAGCGGUACUUAACCGCGAUCGCUAUGGAACUAAUUUCGGCAUGAGGACUUUGUGGGUCCCCGGUCACCUCAGCCGUGAAUGUUAUGGAACUGUUUUUGGCAUGAAGUGACCGUGCGGUUCACAGACAACUUGGUUUGCAGUUUUGAACAACUUUGAAAUCCGCCAGGAGAGAGCUUUUUGGAAGGAAGGAGACAGGCGGAGCACCCCGUAUUGUGGCCGCAGGAGCUCCCGAAAGUUGCACAGCAAAAGCACCAAACUCCCAGGAACUAUUUUGGGCAUAGGACCAUGUGUGCGGCUGGUCCGAACUUUAACACAGUGGUGUUUCCCCUACACUGAGUGCUAUUCGGAGAACUUGGGCAUAGAUAUUUUGCUAUAGAUGCUCUGGACUGGGCAAGAAAUCACAUUUAAUGUCAUAUAAUAUAUAUAUACACACACUGAUUAGUCACAACAUUAAAACCACUGACAGGUGAAGUGAUUAUAUCAUUGCAAUGUCACCUGUCAAUGGGUGGGAUAGUUUAGGCAGCAAGUGCACAGUUUUCAAAUUUCAUUUGUUGGAAGCAGGAAAAAUAGGCAAGUGAAAAGAUGUGAUUAACUUUGACAAGAGCCAACUAGAGAUGACUAGAUGACUGGGUCAAAGAAUCUCCAAAACGGCAAGUCUUUUGGGGUGUUCUGGUAUGCAGUGGUUUGUACCUACCAAAAGUGGUGCAAGGAAGAACAACCGGUGAACCGGCAUCAUGGUCAUGGGCGCUCAUUGAUGCAUGUAAGGAACAAAGGCUAGCUAGUCUGGUCUGAUCACACAGAUUGACUUCUAUAGCUCAAAUUGCUGAAACACUUAAUACUGGCCAUGAUAGAAAAGUGUCAGAACACACAGUGCAUUGCAAUUUCCUUCGUAUCUGCAUAUCGGUCAGAUUGCCCAUCAUGAUCCCUGUCCACUGCUGAAAGCCCCUUCAGUGGGGAUGUGAGCAUUCGAACUGGACCAUAAAGCAAUGGAAAGAGGUUGCUUGGUCUGAUGAAUCAGGUUUACUUUUAGAUCAGGUGGAUGACUAGAUGCGUGUGGGUCAUUUACCUAGGGAACAGAUGACAGCAGGAUGCGCUAUGUGAAGAAGACAGGCCAGCACUGGCAAUGUUAUGCUUUGUGCAAUGUUUUGCUGGGAAACCUUUCCUGGUAUUCAUGUGGAUGUUACUUUGACAUGUACCACCUACCCAGAGAUUGUUUCAGACCACGUACACCCCUUUAUGGCAAUGGUAUUCUCUGCAGGCAGUGGCCUCUUUUAACAGGAUAAUGCACACUGCCACACUGCAAAAUUGUUGAGGAAUGGUUUAAGGAACAUGAUAAACAGUUCAAGGUGUUGCCAUGACUUCUGGAUUCCCCAGAUCUGAAUCCAAUUGCGUAUCUGUGCCACUUCGCAACUUGCAGGACUUAAAAGAUCUAAUGCUAAUGUCUUGGUAUCAGAUACCGUAGGACAUAUUCAGAGGUCUUGUGGAAUCCAUGUUUCAUUGCAUCAGCUCAGUUUUGGAACCUAUAUGAUGUUAGGCAUGUUGUUUAAAUGUUGUUGCUGAUAAGUAUAUAUAUAUAUUCCUUUGUUUGCUCUCAUUUACUGACAGAACUCUAUUGCCCAAUUCUGUUGUUCUGUUGAAUUGCUGUGUACAAGACCAUAAAUACUAGUUGCUUAUCUCUGGGAUUACAGCAUCCAUCAUAAAAUGCACAGAUCUCAGAAGACUUCCAUUUAAUUGCAUUUGCGCAUCUGUUCCAGCCUGAAAUUGCACAUGUUUAUAAUUUGUGUGUAGUUUAAAGACACGUGAUAAAGAGUGAAAUCCCUCUUUAUUUUGAUUAAGGAAGAACUGGUGCUGUUUCGGCCAGGAAGAGCUCUACUGAAUAUGACAAAUUACCGUUGUCUAUGAAUGGUGAAAGCAUGGAAGGAAGUCAGGGGUAAGACAGUAAUUGCCAUUGACAAAUUUUUUACUGCACAUGUCAGUGAAUGGGUCUCUGUGUGAUCAGUAAAAGAAGCUACAUAUGACCUAUAUGGCUUAGUUUUUGUUAAAAAUAUUUCCAAGAAAUCAAUUCCCGACCUUCGUUAUUGAGACGCAAGAUAGCAAGCCUCCAUGCUUCUUUUAGGUACUAAAAGGAGCACAUUAUGGACCGCUUCCGGGUAACAUGGAGCAAUACAAUACAUUAAAAGAACACUCAAAGUGUACUAACCACUGAUCCUUCUUACCUGGCCUCCUAUGUCUGAGAUUAGUUUAUAGUCUACAGACUGUUAUUUUGACUUUAGAUUUUUUGACUUUAAUGGUCUACCUCAAAUGCCAAAACAACACUAUGGUUAGCCUUUAAAUCAGUGGUGCUAGGCCUCUUUAUGUGGAGAGCUGCCCUUCCUUAAAAAGAUUUGUAAAAAUAAAAUGGUGCAAUGAUUCAUGGGAAAUAGACCAUGUAGCCAUGUCUUACCACAACAUAUUAAAAGAAGAAUUAGAUAAUACUAGUUUAUAAAAGACACUCUAUCACAAAAAGUGGCUACAAGUCAAAUGUUAUAGCCACGGAACUAAUUCAGGUAUACUUUAGCUAGGAAAUUGGGGGGAAAUUGGUAUGCAUAAUAAUGAGUUUAAAAUGUAUUUACUUGGAGGUUACUGAAAUUCAACGCACCUUGUAAGUAAAUUGUGUUCUAUGUAAACAUUCCAGUAAAUUGGUAUCACUUUGCCAUGUAAUCCCUAUAGUGUUAUUCGAAGUCUCAAUAGCUGUAAUAUGAAACCUCAGUGAUUAGUUUUUGUAAAAUAGAAUAGCAUUCGGAGGUAUAAAGAAAUUAUAAAUUUUGUAUGAAAAGCACAUAAAUCCUUUCAUUAGUAUUUUAUUUCUAUAGCCUUAAACAACCAUUUUCCUGUAUAUUUUUCAAGCUAGAUGCCAAAACGGAGUAAUUUAACGUUGUUGUUUGUUUUUUUACCUAAUUGUUUCAGGGUUGGUAGCAAGUGACUAGCUACUUUUGAUAAAUAUGCAGAAUUAAUAUUAUAUCCACUUUUUCCUUUUAAAGACCAAACAUGGUAAUCCAUGUAUGUGAUGAAGCAAAGAAUCUAAAGGAAGACUUUGUGUGCCCACGUGAUCUUCUUGUAUCCGAGAUGAAGUAUUUUGCAGAAUAUCUGUCCACGGAUGCCCAGCGGUGGGAGGAAGUGGACAUAUCUGUUCAUUGUGAUGUGCAUAUAUUCAACUGGCUUAUGAAAUACGUGAAACGUAAUUCAAGGGAAAGCGACAAAUCAGAGGCUCCAAAGCUUGGUGGGUAGCUCUUCCAGCAUCCUCCUUUAUGAGAUUGGUAGCAAUAUUCCAGUACUAUUUUUUUCUUUCUUUCUUUUUUCUUCUUGCUUAGUAAGUCUUUUUUUUCUUAUAGUUUAUUCAUGAAUUUGGCGGUCACGAACCAUUUAUAAAUUAGUGUACAUUAAUUAUGAAGCGUGUAUAUGAAUACUUGCCAUCCUGAAUACCUUAUAUCGAUUAGGUGAAUUUACAUUACAGUAAUACACUAGAUAAAUAGCAUUUUCUAGAGGCAACCUUAAGAUCUGUGUAGUUUUUAGUUACGUGGAGAUCUGAUUUUGCUCAAAGUGCGAGAAUCUGAUUUGAUAUUUUUACUCCUUACUUAUGUCACCAUAGUGGCCCUUUCUUAAAUAAAGAUUAUAUUUUGUUUUAUGUUAUAGAACCUGCGAAUGUAAUUUCGAUCCUGAUUUCCUCAGAAUUUUUGAAGAUGGAUUCAUUAGUGAGUAUAAUAUUAAUUAUAACUUUUGAUUAUUGAUUUCUGUAUGGCUUAAAGCUGCCUCGAUACUCUAUUUUUCUAUGAUUUUCCAUUCAGUUAUUGAAAUUGAAUGGUUAAUACAUGCAUCACCCAUAUUUUGUUCUGUUAUAUUAAUUUAUAUAAUAAAACAAAACAUGCCAACGUGUUAUAGUAGUAUAUUGACCUACUCGACUGUUUUUGUGUGCUUGUAUUCAAGUGUAAUUGUGCAAUGCUCAUCAGUUUUACCUUUUUUAUUUUGGUGGGGUCUGGGGUUAAUUUUAUUCUCAAACUCCAUGUGACUUUCCUACGUGCCUUGAUUUACAUGCAUUGUUUUUAAUUAUAAACCGCGUGCUUCCAAUAAAAUAAUAAGUCAUUAGCCUGUUGAUAGAAGAGGAUUUUGAAUGUAAAUUUAGUGACCUGUUCUUAUCCAGCAAACUGACUCAAUCGCAAAGGCUUUGAGUUCGUGUCAUCUAUAGUGAGAAUUGUUUUAGAGUCACUACUGAGAUUAUACCCCUUGAAACAUUUGGUAAAAUAAGAAACUGGGAUUUGCUAAAUUUAGGCCAAAAAAAUUGAAUUCCGCUAUUUUGAUCUACAUUUUGAGACCAGACACACUAGUGAACAAGGAACAGGGGGUACAGUUGGCGGUAACAAAUCCUUGAUAGAUUAACAAGCUGAAACAUAGUUGGAGUAGACCUGCCACCAGUGUGUUUUACUAAAAACUACAAAUGAGAGAUGCUGUGAUUUCUUUGAUAUUAGGGCACAUAGAAAAAUACUUUAUAAACCAGAGGACAAGCAAAGACAAACCCGCAUAAUUUACUGGUAACUACUUCCCCCUUAAAUCCUUUGAUAUUGGCCAUCAAUCACUGACUAAAUGACCAUAUAGUGCAACCAUAUCCCUAUAUGUUACACUUAAGGUAGAUGGUUUUAACUAGCUGUGUAAAGACUGAAACUUGUGUACAGUGAAUUCACAAGCAGGUAUUUAUUUUCUUUGCAUAGCUGACUAGGCUCGUUGGGUUGUGCAUUAUCUUCUAUGUAAAAAAUAAGGUUUAGCACCUACUAAUAAUGGGAUAAUUUGCCGUAGUGGUGGGCAUAGCACAAUAUGGCCAUAUGGUUUUAUCUUUCACUUGAGAUGGGUGAUGUUUUAGAAGCAGUGAAAGAUCUGAAAGUAUAUUUUGUCUGUGUGUUGAUUCAUUUUGGUAUAUUUUGUUUACUAACUGACCAAAGUUUUUGUCUGUUACAAAGUGCAUUUAAGGUCACACUCCAGAUUUCUAAAGUGCUUGAAAGGACACUCCAGGCACCCAGACCACUUCUGCCCAUUGGAGUGGUCUGGGUGCCAACUCCCACCACCCUUAACCCUGCAAGUGUAAUUAUUGCAGUUUUUGUAAAGGGUUAAAAGGGUUAAGUUCUCUUCUAGUGGCUGUCUAUCAGACAGCCACUAGAGGGACUUCCGUGUUCUUAGAACAUGAAAAGUGUUUAAAUGAUGCUGGACGUCCUCACGCUAUGCAUCCCCAUAGGAAAGGGAAUCCCCAUAGGAAAGCACUGAAUAAUGCUUUCCUAUGGGAAGGUCUAAUGCGUGCGCGCGGCCAUUGCCAUUGCGUGGGAGGAGCCUGACCCAGCGCGGAGGGACAUCAGCGCAGGAUUCGGGUAAGUCACUGAAGGGGUUUUAACCCCUUCAGCAACAUGGGAUGGGGGGUGGGAGGGAGAGAAGAACUGCAGGGUCUUGCAGUGCCAGGAAAAUGGAUAUGUUUCCCUGGCACUGGAGAGUCCCUCUAAACUUAGAAAGAAAUUGUCACUUUUAUAAAAUAACCUGGUUACACGGCACCCCCUGGCUGUCAGUCAGAUAAGAGGUCCUGUUACUUCCUGGUUUCUUUAGCACUGUGGAGUUUAAAGGGACACUGCAGGCACCCAGACCACUUCUGCCCAUUGGAGUGGUCUGGGUGCCAACUCCCACUACCCUUAACCCUGCAAGUGUAAUUAUUGCAGUUUUUUUAUCAACUGCAAUAAAUACCUUGCAGGGUUAAGUCCUCCCCUAGUGGCUGUCUACUAGACAGCCACUAGAGGGCACUUCCUGCUCUAUAGCAUAGGUUUUCUGUGUGAGGAUCUCCAGCGUCGCUCAAUUCCCCAUAGGGAAGCAUUGAAAGCAUUUUCAAUGCUUUCCUAUGGAGAGCUCUAAUGCGCGUGCAUUAGGUCUCCUCAGCCGGCGGGCGGGAUCAGUCUCGCCCACCGGCUGACGUAAGGAAGAGGAGGAGUGGCAGCGAGCAGAAACCACCGCCGAGGGACAUCGGCGGGGGUCUCAGGUAAGUGACUGAAGGGGUUUAUAUCAAUGGUAUUUAAAAUUACACUGCCACCCACAAAUCAUAGGUAGGUAUCAAACCAGUGUUUACAGUGUGCUGACAUAAUCACCAGCAAGUAUACUGAUAUAUAGUAAAGGAUAUUCUUACGUGACGAUCCAUUACUUCUACAGGGAGUGCAGAAUUAUUAGGCAAGUUGUAUUUUUGAGGAUUAAUUUUAUUAUUGAACAACAACCAUGUUCUCAAUGAACCCAAAAAACUCAUUAAUAUCAAAGCUGAAUAUUUUUGGAAGUAGUUUUUAGUUUGUUUUUAGUUAUAGCUAUGUUAGGGGGAUAUCUGUGUGUGCAGGUGACUAUUACUGUGCAUAAUUAUUAGGCAACUUAACAAAAAACAAAUAUAUACCCAUUUCAAUUAUUUAUUAUUACCAGUGAAACCAAUAUAACAUCUCAACAUUCACAAAUAUACAUUUCUGACAUUCAAAAACAAAACAAAAACAAAUCAGUGACCAAUAUAGCCACCUUUCUUUGCAAGGACACUCAAAAGCCUGCCAUCCAUGGAUUCUGUCAGUGUUUUGAUCUGUUCACCAUCAACAUUGCGUGCAGCAGCAACCACAGCCUCCCAGACACUGUUCAGAGAGGUGUACUGUUUUCCCUCCUUGUAAAUCUCACAUUUGAUGAUGGACCACAGGUUCUCAAUGGGGUUCAGAUCAGGUGAACAAGGAGGCCAUGUCAUUAGAUUUUCUUCUUUUAUACCCUUUCUUGCCAGCCACGCUGUGGAGUACUUGGACGCGUGUGAUGGAGCAUUGUCCUGCAUGAAAAUCAUGUUUUUCUUGAAGGAUGCAGACUUCUUCCUGUACCACUGCUUGAAGAAGGUGUCUUCCAGGAACUGGCAGUAGGACUGGGAGUUGAGCUUGACUCCAUCCUCAACCCGAAAAGGCCCCACAAGCUCAUCUUUGAUGAUACCAGCCCAAACCAGUACUCCACCUCCACCUUGCUGGCGUCUGAGUCGGACUGGAGCUCUCUGCCCUUUACCAAUCCAGCCACGGGCCCAUCCAUCUGGCCCAUCAAGACUCACUCUCAUUUCAUCAGUCCAUAAAACCUUAGAAAAAUCAGUCUUGAGAUAUUUCUUGGCCCAGUCUUGACGUUUCAGCUUGUGUGUCUUGUUCAGUGGUGGUCGUCUUUCAGCCUUUCUUACCUUGGCCAUGUCUCUGAGUAUUGCACACCUUGUGCUUUUGGGCACUCCAGUGAUGUUGCAGCUCUGAAAUAUGGCCAAACUGGUGGCAAGUGGCAUCGUGGCAGCUGCACGCUUGACUUUUCUCAGUUCAUGGGCAGUUAUUUUGCGCCUUGGUUUUUCCACACGCUUCUUGCGACCCUGUUGACUAUUUUGAAUGAAACGCUUGAUUGUUCGAUGAUCACGCUUCAGAAGCUUUGCAAUUUUAAGAGUGCUGCAUCCCUCUGCAAGAUAUCUCACUAUUUUUGACUUUUCUGAGCCUGUCAAGUCCUUCUUUUGACCCAUUUUGCCAAAGGAAAGGAAGUUGCCUAAUAAUUAUGCACACCUGAUAUAGGGUGUUGAUGUCAUUAGACCACACCCCUUCUCAUUACAGAGAUGCACAUCACCUAAUAUGCUUAAUUGGUAGUAGGCUUUCGAGCCUAUACAGCUUGGAGUAAGACAACAUGCAUAAAGAGGAUGAUGUGGUCAAAAUACUCAUUUGCCUAAUAAUUCUGCACUCCCUGUAUACCCCUCAAAUGGUCAUGUAGAGAGAUACAGGUUGAGAACUCCUAAGCUAAUCUUAUGGAUCCUCAUAGGCAUCUAGUCUGUUUAUGUGAACAUAAAACGAAUAUAAGUUUUCAGUAAUAUUAAAAAGUAACUCAGUCUUUAGAAUGUUUAGAUUACAAAAUGCAUUUUUAACUGCAAUUUCGAGUUUUUCAAAAGUCAAUGGGGGUUUUACUGUGUAGUGUAAGGUUUAAACCUAGAAUCCACCUAAUGGACAAAUCUUGCCAAGAGGAUCCAGCAUCUGGCUUUUAAGUUGUUGUUUUUAUUUUUUAAGUGUGCAGACAAACAUCUGAAGGACUUCAAUUUAUGUAGUUGCAUUGUAAUAUAAGCUGAAUAUAGACUAAAAUGCUAAAAAAAAAUCAUCUUUUCAAAACUCUUUACUUGUACAUUUGUUCCAAAUUUUUAUUCUAAAAUGGCAGUCAGAUUUUUUGUUCUUGAGAGUGAACCUUCACGUUUAAUAUUUAUAUUCUUAAAUAUUCCGUUUUUGUUUGUUAUUGAAAGACAUCCAUGAUGUUGUUUAAAAAAAAUCUGUACACAAUCUGAUACAGCAUCCUAUUAGGUUAUGAGAGCCUGAAUCUAUGUUUAAAAGCACGCUAUUGGCACUGUAAGUGCUUCAUCUCACUGAAGUAGUUUUAGUAUCUGGAAUCCACUGGUGCUGUCCUUCCAUUCAGUGUUAAACUGUUUUUAUUGGUUUAAUUCUAAAUGAGUGUUCCCAGCUGCCCUUCCCCUCUGUGCUGCUCAGGUUAAUGAGGAAACAUUCGCCUGAACAGGACUGGGCAGAGGUCAUUGGCUGAAAAUGUCAGCUGACCGCAUUCAGCCUAUCAAAGCCACCCUUUGCUGGUUGAAAUUGGUAUGGCAAUGGAAUGUUUAAUUUCUACAUUAGCCAUACCUCCAGUGAGGGCUAGGAUGUGGACAGUAAGAGAGACUCAUUCAUUGGUAAAGGGACACUGUAGGCACUAUAACAAUUUCCUCUCAUUGAAUUGUUUAGAGUGACUGGGGUUCCCAGGCUCUGUCCCUCCAAACAAUUUUUUUUGGAACAGUUUAAAGCGGCACUAUCAUGCCGAACUUACCUUUCCUCAAUCUCUUCCUCUUCUCCGUCUCUCUCGGGAUCUGUUCUUCUUUUCUUCCUGUCUUCUUUAGUUUUCUUUAAAAUCAUAAGACAAAGUAGAGACUCUUUGCCUUAUGGAGGUUUCCUCCGCUUGACUAGCUUUGACCAGCGGAGGAGCAAAGUGUGCUUCAUUUCCGCUGGUCAGAGCAAUAUUCCCAUAAUUCUUACCUUUCCUCUGUGAUCUCGCGAUGCUUCCUGUCAUUUUAGACGAAAAUGCUGAAUUGCAUUCUAACUGAAUGAGAACAGUAUGUUCGUUUGUUUUAGAACUCAAUUUGGCACUUUGUUCGUAUCGGAAUUUCAUUUGAAUGAAUGAAACUCUGAAUCAGUUUGUGCCGCGGCUGCAUCUUGCAGCCGCUUAAUAGAUAACUCCCUAAUUCCCAUGGUAUUAGGGAGUUAUCUCCCAAAAGGCUGAAAGACCAAGUAAAGCCAAGAUUACUUAGUAUUAGUAAAUAAUAUGCCCCUACCCGCUAUAACGCGAGUAGGGGCAUGUCAAGUAAACAGUGAGCAGCCUGUACUGCUCACUGUUAAAAAAACAAACAAAAAAAACACAAUUGUCCCCCCAGCCCCCACCUGUGCCAAGUGAGCAGCCACAGGCUCCCUCCUUGUAAUAAACUGAACGAACAAACGAACACUGAUACACAGUGUUUGUUUGUUCGUCUGAUUUUUCUAUUCAUUCAUUCGUCUUUCUGACGAAUGAAUGAAUAGAUGAAAUUCCCGUUCGCAUGCCCAUGUGUUUAACUGGGCAUGUGCAGGAAUCUCACAGUGCUAUCUAGUGUGGGCAGAUGACGUGUCCCACAGGGACUUCCUCUACCCACACAAAGAUGGCAGGGCAGAAAAUAAAGAAUAAAGAAUAACAAAUAGGUAAUCUGGGGGGCUUAGGGGCAUUUGGGGGUGACUAUGGGGUCAAUUAGAGUCGGGAGGGGGGUUAAAAAAAAACGGGAUUUGGCCAUGACAGUGCCGCUUUAAGUGAGGAUCAUUGGCUUCCUACAGCCUCUCUCCUUCUGGAAAUAUGGCUAAGGCAGAGAUUACACACUUCCUUCAAACCAUACCAAUUUAUACCAGCAAUGGGCACUGUAAUAGAAUGAAAGCAUUCAGCUGACACAAUGCUUCUUCAUUAGCACAAGCAGCAUAGAGGAGAUGGGGUGCUGGGUACUCCUGUUUCGUGUUGAACUAUUAAACAUUGUUUAAUGCUGAAUGGUAGGACAAUACCAGGGGACUCCAGACACUAUAACCACAUCAAUGAGAUGAAGCAAAUAUAAUGCCUGCAGUGUCCCUUUUAAGCUGCUUAAAAAUCUGAGCACUAUAAUCAAUUUAACCCCUUAAGGACCAAACUUCUGGAAUAAAAGGGAAUCAUGACAUGUCACACAUGUCAUGUGUCCUUAAGGGGUUAAUUAGAUGAAAUGUAUACUGCCUAUAGUGUUCCUAAAAAAGAUGUAACUAUUUCUAAACAUAAUACAAAAAAGAUUGUCCAGUAUUUUAAGGGUCUUCAGGGCCUUCAAAAUAAAGUAUAUAAUUGACUUUGUUGCCCACAAUAUUCUGAAUGUGUGGCACCUUUUCUUGCUUCCUAACAGUGCUGGACCUUAUAAACGAUACCUCUCUGGGAAGGUAAGCAUGGAAUCACAGAUUGGGACAUUUUGUGUCUUGCUGGGUCAAACAUUCAGCGUCUUGUGACGACCAUGCACAGCUCGAUUUAUACUUUGUGUCUUCUUUAUAUCAGAAGCUAUUCUAAUUACCAAACAUUACUUCAUUCUUGCUAUAUGUGUCUUAUUGGCAGACAUUUCCUGCACAUAUAUUUUAUAACCCCUUUUCUUUGGUAGGUUGAAGAAUGCAUUAAUUAUUGUCACAAAAACAUGAGUGCUAUCGUGGCAACCCCAUGCAAUAUGAACUGCAUCAAUGCAAAUCUCCUAACUCGGAUAGCUGACCUCUUCACGCACAAUGAGGCAGAUGAGGUAAAGGACAGAAAAGAUAAAUUUAAAAGGUAAACCAUUGUUUAUUGUAAGUUUGACUGAAGUGUUUUUCAAUCUCUUUUUUUUUUAUGUUAUUCAAAUUUUAUUUGAGAGAAAGGAAUGAAACAUACACAGUGGUGCAAAGUAAGAACCAGAUAUUUAACAGGUAGAAAAACAGAAAAGAAAGACAUAUAAUAAAUGAGGUCCCAUAGGUAUAUACAGUAUAUGAUCAUACAUUGCAUAAGCCUGCCCAGAUGCCAAUGUACCCCAUUGACAUGCUUAUGCAAUGAAUGAUCAUAUAAUCUAACGAAACCCCUGUUAAUUUUGCCUAGGUUAAAUGUUUUUAUUACAAGUGCACAGGGGCAGUGAGAAGAUUAAAGAUCUCCCUCACUGGGCCAGUGCAGACUUGUGGAGUAGGGGUGGUGGGGCAGGAAACUCUAGUUUGCAUCUCUGCUAAGUACAAACUAACAAAGUAUUCCUAAUGCAAGCUCUGUCCACUCAGAGCAUUGCUGUGAGUUACCAACACGGUGCUGUGCUUGGAGUGCCUUGUUUUUCCUCUUCACUUGUCUGUAGGGAGUUAAUCUUACAUCCCAAUUAACUAACUGUUGGGUUGAACGUCUAAAAAAUAUUAAGUACCACUUGGCACGAAAUGCGUUAGGCGGCUGCCUACGACAUAUGUUUAUUUUUCUUGGAGUUCUUUAGACAAACUUGCUACGUUACCCCUUUUUGUAUAUAUUUUUAAAUAAAUGUUAUGUUUUAGUGAAUUUUUGAACCAUGGACCAUCUUCAUUAAAAAUACUCCUACACCUUGGAACAGUGUUAGCAGGCAUAACCAUCCUUCUACUUCAUUUGCCACUGCAACACUCCAAUACUACACAGUAUACUCAGAAGAGUAUACUCUGUCUGCACCCGGCAGAGGUACAGGCUAGAGUCACUCACCACUGACCCGGAUUAUCGAGUACCUACAUCCUGGUCAGAGGAAGCAAGGGGAGGGAAUAACCUUAAAUAAAAUAGAGUAAAUUUAUUAAAAAAAAAUAAAUAUAUAUAUAUAUAUAUGUAAAUGUAUUUAAAUUUUUUUUAUAUAUAUACUCCUCUCACCCAUACACAACACAACACAGCCCCUAUCCAACCAGACAAAUCCACACACACUGCUUUCCCUACAUCCAUUGCAUCCCUCCCACACACACAUACAUUCCCUAAACACAGAAAUUACAUCAAAUUACAAAUUUACAAACACAUUAUAUACACGUUCCCUAAACACAAUGUCCUCUAUACACACAUACAUACCACAGCCCCUAUACGCUCUCUCAUUACAUCCCCUAUGCCAACACACAAUAAAUCCCCUAUACACAAAACCUGAAAGCUUCUAUAGGGGUUCUGGGCCAUAGACACUUUCCCCACACUCUCAGCAGUGUAAAUACUGUCUUUUAUGAUAAAAAAAAAUGGUUUACAAGAGGUGCUGAUUGGCGCAAUUUGUUGCACAUUAGCACUAGCCCUCCAAAGCUUCCCUGUGGGGAAAGCAGUGGAUUGGUUAGUCGGAAGAGGGGGGGUGGGGGCAACAGCAGCAAGACAGGCACAUCAGGAGAGUAAAGGUUAGCAUUUUAAUUUUAUGCCUAUGUUUGUAUUCAUAAUGCUAAAGUGUUCCUUGAAGUUUACUGUAAUUAUGAUACUGGUUAUUUUGUUAAAAACUUUUCUUUCAUUUUUCUAGUCAAAAUAUAAGUCUCCUAUUUCAAAAGAUACAGUAUGUUUGCUUGACAAACAUGCAUUAAAUAGUAUUCUCUGGGUGCUGUCCCCAGUUUUAGUCAAGCCAUUUUGGAGCGGUUUGAAAAAAAAAAAAACAGGGCUCUUCAAAAUAGCCUUCUUCUGCUUGGCCACAUUGAUUAUGCAGAAUUUACUUUUACGUAUUCUCAACGUCCAUUUUGUUCCACCUGGACAGUGGUGAUUGUUAGAGUCGUGACUCGUGAGGCCAGUACGCCCAGCUUUUUCAGUGGGGAAAGCAUUUCUGUUUUUUCAAGCUCUCUCUAAACAGUUUAACAAAAAUCCAUGCUCCAAAAACCAUCUGAACUAGUGACAAAAGUGCAGGCAAAUUGUUAAUUAAUUCCGAUGUAGGAAUUCUUGAUGUUUCUAUAAAAAAAAUUAACAUCAAAAUACCUAUAAAUAUGUGACAUUUAAGGGGAUUAUAUUAAUCUUUUUUGGUGUUUUAGAAGUGUUUUGACUGAAUUAAUUUUUAUGUGAUUUAUGUAUUUUAAAAGUGUUAGUAUUACCAUAGCAUUUUCAACAUGUUCAGAUAUUGUAUCACCUAAUAAAGUUCUGAACACUUUCUCAGUUAAAUACAAUAUAUUGUGAAUGAUUGUACGUAUUGAUUGUCCAUGAAAUAUUAGUCCAAGCGAUGCGACAGCAACAGGCUACAUAUAAGUAAAGAUAAAGAAGUAUUUAAAGUCAAUAUAAUUGUAUAAAUAUUGUGAAAGUAAUAUGUUAUGUUUUCUAACAUGGCCCAGGGCUUGUGAAAUGAAGAAAAUAUUUAAUGAAGAUAAGAAUAAGAGAAAAGAUAAGCGUUAAAAAUAUUGAAAAGGAAAUAAUUGUUUUAGAAAUAAAUUAUAUCUUUUUGGCUUUAAAAAAUAUUUUCAUUUAUUAUUAAUAUUAGCGAAAGCUGUAGACAUAAAUGGAAAAUAGAAAUAAAAUAGUUUACGCUGUUUUGAAACUUGAAGGAACCUUCCAGUGUAAUAAGUAAAUGUAUUUAAUGUAUAAUAUUGGAACACAGCUGAAUCCUCAAUUACAAUACUUCUUUGUGCUGGAGAAUAAAACAAUCACCUUUCUACUGCAUUUCUCUCAAUGGGUGGUCAGUUGACUCUCCAAACUUAAGUCUUCUCCUAGGGCCAAAACGUUGCUGUAGCACAAUGAAGUCUUCUUUGGAUCCUUCUAAUUUACAAAUCAAAAUAAACACAAAAAAGUACAGCAAAAUAGAUAUCCAGUUGACUUUUACCAACUAGAAAAUAAUAAUUAUUUUUUCUAGACUUGUUCACUUUGUGUGGGUUUGGGUGAAAAGGUGAUGUUUAAUUGACUACAUUUACCCCAUGGACUGGAUGCUAUAACCAGGGAGAUGUUUAACUCUGGUAAUUAUAUAUCUGCUUUCUCAGUGGACCUAGAAGUGAAUAUUUCAUUCAUUUACCAAAGCAAUGUCUCUCUAGUUAUAUUUUAAGAUAUUUAAAGAUUCUGGUUUUCAUUCAGAAAUUCCAACAGUAUGCUACGGUAUACAUUUCAUUGACAUCCAGUCAGAUAAACUAUAAUAUUCUUUUAGAAAGCAUUGUUUUUCAUGCUAAUAAAGUCUUUAUUCUUAAUUUCUUAGCAAAAUAUUUUGUAAGAAAAUCGAGAGACUGUUUGAUCCAGAAUACAAGAACGCAGAUUCUCCAGCAAAUGCUUCAACACUAUACAGGUAACAAACUACAUAAUUGCAAUAACACAUAGGUAUAGAUUUAUACUAAGCAUCACUAUUACGAUGUGCAGAAGGACAGUUAUACAUGGAUGGAUCCACAUCAAGCAAUAAUCCAUAGGUACCAUCUAAAAGCAAUGAGAUAACACCUCUGCAAUAUUAUAUAAGUAGAAGUCUAAUGCCAUGCAAUAUUACAUAGGUUGAGUAGCAGUACAAUACAGAUGGGGAUCUAAAGCAAUACAAUACUAUACAGGUUGAUAUCUGCAUCGUUGUAAAACUAUAUAGUUGGAGAUGUACACCAGUGUAAUGCUAUACUGGUAGAUAGUGACAGCAGAUUGUGAACAUUGUUAGGGAGAGCUGACCUAGGCUAGAGCCCAGACAUAGCUUCUGAAAAGCCCUAGGUCUGAUUUUUAACAAGAUAAUUUGCAGCUAGUGGAGGCUGAUCCAUAGGGUUUUUGUUGCAAAUUAAAAAAAAAAAAAAAUCUAUUGCCAUUGAAAGGACCACUGAUUACAAUUAUUUACAGGCAUACCCCACUUUACAUACACUCACUUUAAGUACACUCGCGAGUACAGACAUUCCCGCGCCUCUUCUGUCCGUGAGUGAACAGGAAAUGGAAGGUUCUAUUCUCGCCCAGAGCAGCUCAGUUCAGUGUCUUUGGGGCAAGAACUUUUCACACCUUCUGACAUGGCACAGGUUAAUCAUCUCAAAUUUAUAAUGCUUACUCCUUGCUGAACAUAUAUAUAUAUUUUCUGCACAUACAUUGUCCAUAUUCUGCAAUCUGCCAUCCAGUGAAAGAGUUUACCCUGACAUUUUCUAUAACUAUGACUAUGAGCUUAGCUGCUUUAGCCAGAAUUCUGAGAAUUCAAAGUUAAACAAUAAAUGCUUAAAGUGAUGAAGAGGUGUUUCUAAACAAAGUGUGCAACUAAGCUGCUAACAAAUACUGACUGGCACUGUAUUGACAGUAAAUGGCCCAGUGGGUAGGUUUAUUUAUCUUUUCCUCACAGUUUAAGGUUGUCAGAUGAGUAAAACAUUAAAGAUAAAUGGUACAAUAUGGAAUUAGAUUUUUUUUUACUGUUUGUUUUAACUGAAUAAAAGCCCACUGGAAAUCACUAAAUAAAUCACUGAAAAUAAAAUCACUGGAAAUCUGCAGUUGCAGUAUCAGGUAUGCCUGUAAAUUACUAUUGCAAUGCCGUACAUGCAUUGGGAAGUGAAAAAAAGUAUUGCUUCAUUUUAAGUACAUUUUCGUUUUACAUACAUGCUCUGGCCCCAUUGUAUACUUAAAAGUGGGGUAUGCCUGUACUAAAGUGAGAAUUGUCAGAAAUUCACAGUGAAUCUUUUACGGCCAAAUUGUCCUAUUUGGAAAUAUUUAGAUUCUCUUUAUAGUCUUUGUGAUUUAAACUGCUAACUGUACCAGUAACCAGUGUUUAUACUCCUGUCUUCUCUAGGUGUUGCUUGUGUAAGAGACUACUGACAAAGGAAGCCGAGCAAAAAAUUGCUUGUCUGCCUGGAAAAAUCAACAUAGACCAGUAUGGAAAUAUUGUGUAUUUUCACAUCAGGUACAUUCAUUAUAAUAAGUGUAAAUAGGUAUAUUGACAUAAGCGUAAAUAUUUAAGGAGCUGCUAUUAAAGAUCAUGCUGUAAAUGUAUGACCAAAUGAAAUAAUAUUAAAAAAAAAGGCCUGUUUAUAUUUUCAUCAGCAUAGGGUAAUCUUGCUUAUUUGGGACUGGUUUUAAUUUCUCAUACAAUAUAUGAUCUAUUUUUAUAGAAGAAAAUUAAUUAAAAGUAAUAUGUGUUACUGUAUGCUCAGCGUGGCAUUCUGGGAGAGUCGUGGGUACAUGAUUUCUCAUAACUGCUGUUUGUUUUGUGUUUUUAAUUGUGUAGGGAUAUGAAGAUUAUAUAUAGAAGUACAUUUCAGAUUUGACCUAAAGCACAGUUUUUUUUUCUUAAUUUUGAUCCUGCCUCACUUGUAAUAAUGUUGGCUUUUCAUUUAUGGUAUAAUUAAUGAAUUUGGGCAUAUAUUUUUAUGUGCCAAUAUUUCUUUAUUAAUUCUGGAAAUUAAAACUUGUAAAAUUAGAAUUUCAUGGAUUUUAUUUUCAAAGAAAAACAGUAGCAAAUAGUAACUUCAGAGUUAUUCUUUCUAAUUUUUACCAGACAUAAAAUUGAUCCAAAUUUAAUUUGCACUAUCUAUGUGCAUUUCAUUUGCUUAAAUUUAAAUGUGCAUAUGUAUUGCUUUCUGUGAAUUGCUUUUUUUUUUUAGUGGGAGGGGGCGGGUUAAAAUUUUGAAAUCAUUCCUAAAUCCUAAAUAGUGCUAAAUAAUUGUUCCACAAUUAAAUUUUUUUUGUACCCAAAUCACAGAGACAAAACAUGGGACAUUCAUGAACAUCUGUCCAGUCAGUUUGAAGAACUGAAGUCCUGGCGGGAUGUAUAUUGGCGGCUGUGGGGGACUGUUAAUUGGCUAACCUGCAACAGGUGUAAGCAAGUAAGUCCUGCUGCUUUCUACUCUUUAUAACGGGAAUGGGUGCGUGUUGUCGCAGUAAAUUUUCAUUUGUACAUAUUUUUUACAUUUUUUUAUUACAAGCAACAGUCACUAUACAAAUAAACAAGAUAAAAGGGAAAGCUGGGCCAUUAUCAUCGUGUUAAUGAAACUCUUGUGACUCACUAUAUUUUCUUCUAUUACAUUUGUUCAUUUUGCUCUUUUCAGUCAUUUCUGUGCAAUGAGCUGUCACAUUGCCAAUAUCAUCCAGAACCUGCAGUUUAUCCUGGUGCAGCAAGUUCCCUUGGAUCAACGGGCACAGGCAUUUACCCCUGCUGUAACCAAAAAGUGCUUCGAUUUGACCCCACACAGCUCCCAAGGGUAACAGCUCUCAUGUUUUCUGAUAAUCUUCUUUGAAAUCGUUAGGAUGUGUCCAUCACUUUUUCUUUCUUUGUCCACCAGGGUUGUAAAGUCAAAGACCAUGUUAUAGCUUUACCCGAGGGAGACGAUGGGCUUGAAAGUCCAUCGUCCAAACUGCUUUAUGAUCUCGUGCAGCAUAGAGACCUUAUAGUUGUGCCUUAUUCCAAAGACUUGAAUGGGUAAGAAUUACUUAGAAAUACAUUUAUAUUAGAAGACAUUUCUAGGCUCGUAGAACUUGUAAGCUGUAUAGUGGUUUUCUUUCUGAUGUCUUUUUGUUCAGAUUGUUUUGACUGACUUCAUUGGUAAAUAUUGUACUUAUUUCUCAUGUCAAUGUUGUUUGUUUUUGCAGAGAAUCAGGGGUUAUCAUAAAUGACGAUAAAAGUCCUGAAUGCAAUGUGCAUUUAGAGCCAAAUCCAUUACAUGGACAAAAGAGUGGAGAGAUCAUUGCAGUAAGUGAAUAAAUACGAUUGUUGUAUUCAGGUGAGCUGGUUCUCCCACCACUUAUUAGAAAAUAGCUUUUGGAGGUCCAACCAGCACAGCUGCAAAUAAGUGUGACCAUUAGGGAGCAGGUCAAAAAUAGGAAAAAGUAUAUUCAAAAGACAACACAUUGUAUCUAUAAAAAAAGAGUGGUGCUAAUUGCUGUCCGUUAUUACCUUCUUGCAUGCCUUUUUUUUUUAUAAUAUUGAUCAGAAGAUAAUAAUCCUUUCACACGUUGGAGUGCAGUGCAUAAUAGAUGUUCUAUUACUGUAACUAACAUACAUUUACAACUAUAAUCUAUGUAACAUGUUACUCUACCGCCUUGCUUCUUCUCAUGUAGUGUUCAUUCUUUCUUCUCUUUCUGUUGGGUAGUUUCUUUCAGUAAAAAACUUCAGUCUUCAGUUGGUAAGUAACCGUAGGCUAUACACUAUUCCUUGCCGGUUGAUAGCAUAUUUAGAAAUGAUUAAUUUCUUCUAAGCUGUUUACAAAGGUGCCCUGUAAACCAUUUUACUUUUUGGCAAGGACACCCUUGGCACGUAAGUGGUAAAGUUCAUUACCUGCACCUUCAUUAAAGUGGGCAGGCCAUUCUUUGCAUCAAAUAAGAUUUAUUGGUUUAAUUGUAUUACUUUCAAAACAACAGCACAUGGAGAGACAAAAUAGUAUAAGAACAUCCAGGUGCAAACCAUAUAAACACUCCCUCAAGUGCUUUAAAUAUUCAAAUGUAUAUAGAAUAUAGAAUGCACACUAUAACAAUCUCAAAAAACUUAGCUUUAUUAUGUACAAAAAAAGUACCAGAGUGAAAACAUAUAAGAAAAAAUAAACAAAGUGACAGAAGUAAGGGCAAAUACAAUAAAAUAAUAAUAAAUUACCACAAAAAUUCUUACAAGCCUCAAGACAGAAACACGAGUCACCAAACCCCCCAAUGUUUCGGCACCAACUGGCCAUCAAUACCCCUCUCCCCCACUCCAUCAAUACCCCCACUCCAUCAAUACCCCCUCCCCUUACACCAUCAGCACCCCCUUCAUGCCAUCAAUACCCCCCUCACACCAUUACCCCCCUCACACAAUUAAUACCCUUGAUAAAGGCAGCCAGUUGGUGCCAAAACGUUGGGGGGUUUGGUGACUCGUGUUUCUGUCUUGAGGCUUGUAAGAAUUUUUGUGGUAAUUUAUUAUUAUUUUAUUGUAUUUGCCCUUACUUCUGUCACUUUGUUUAGUUUUUCUUAUAUGUUUUCACUCUGGUACUUUUUUGUACAUAAUAAAGCUAAGUUUUUUUGAGAUUGUUAUAGUGUGCAUUCUAUAUUCUAUAUUAAUUGUAUUACUUACCAUGUAUACUUUAUGGAAAUAAUAAAUAUAUAUAUAUAUGUAUGCACUGCAUUAACAAAAUCCUUAACAGAUAUGUAGAUUAAAUGUUGCUUAAAGGGACACUCCAUGCACCAUAACUAUUUUAAUUUAUCAAAGGGGUUAUGUUAGCAUGGUACUGUCCCCUGCAGCCUUUUGUUAACAAGUUUGUAGCUCCGCCUACCAGCCUUGUCCCUGUAACAGAGCUGGGAAUAGCACUUCCUGGUUCACAAAUCAACUCAUAACAAUGAGUUAGUAUGUCAUUGCUGGCAUAGAGGGAGCGCUGCCACUCAGAGAGCCGGGAAUAACACCUCGUAUCCCUCCUGGAGGGACAUGCAGGAACUAACUAGAAGCAAGUGCUUGCACGUCCACAGCCUAUCCCUGGCACUCUGCUGAUUGAAAUUACGUUUGGCUGUGUUCACCCAGCAUAAAUCAUCUCAGAUAGGUACUGUCUUUUUUUGCUCCUGGAUGUCUGCAAAACCCUCCAUGAGACACAGGAGAUGUAAUUCCUAGUUCUCAGGUUAAAAGGCCUAUAAAGCCCUAUCUUAUCAGUGUGACAAAUUAGUGAAAUGACAGGCUGAAAAAACAGUUAGCUGAAGUGGAUAUGGUUCCAGAGUGUCCGUUUAAUGAUGUUUUUGACCCAGAAAACCUGCAUGCAAUGCAUUGUAGAAGCGCAUGGACGUGCACCCACCCACUGCAACACUUGACACUUUCUUAGGGUUAAAAAGGAAAACGUUGUCUAAAUUGCAUGUUACGUAUUUCAUAGAACUCUUCUCCAUAAAUUGUGAUGGAUGUGCUGUAUGCACAUUAAUAAAAGUAUUAAUUAUUAUUUGUAAGUGUAUUCAUUUUAAUUAUUUUCUAUUUAAACUUGUCAAUAGCUUAAUUGCCUGUGUUUUCUUCCUCCUAUUCCAAUGUACUAUUAGUAAAGCUCCUGUUUCCAAGUACCAGAUUUCAUUCAGCUAACAUAGAGCAUAUGUACAAUGUUGCAGAAAACAGAUGUUGGACCAAACCUUUCUGAUACAGUGUUUUCUUUUUUCAGAAACAGCAGUGUUUGUUGUCUGAAGAAGAUGACUACACAACGGGUUCCGAGGUGACAGAAGAUGAAGUAGGGGAUGAAGAAGAAGUGUCAAGGAAACCAGGUGAUUAUCCAUGACUCUGUGGCUUGAUUUUAAAAGGGAUUAUCUAAGCUCAAUAGCUACUACAUCUUGUUGGAGCAGGGCCGGACUGGGAAUUCAAAGUAGCCCUGGAAAAAAAAAUGUAUGCCAGCCCCAUAGGUCCUUGUGCCACGUAAUAUAUGUAUGUGUGUGUGUGUAUAUAUAUAUAUAUAUAUAUAUAUAUAUAUGUAUGCAUGUACGUAUGUAUGUAUAUAUUACAGACAUACAUAUAUAUAAAGUUGUUCAAUCAUGCCUUGCACUUCUGCUUUAAUAUAAUCACUGUUUUAAUACCGGGUGCUAGACUGUGGUCAGAGUCGGCUCUCUAAUUAGGCCAUUUAGGCUGCCGCCUAAGGCCUAAAUCGCCUUAAGGCAGACUGUGUCGGGUCCUCAGUCAGUGACCAAGGACCCGACACUAGGAGGGAGCCCGGCGGCUUGCUCUGUAUGCCGCCGCGUGCAAGGCCUCUCCAGUCUGCCUGGCUGGAGAGCGCCAAUCGCAGACACAGGUCUGCAGCUCUGCAUUGUGCAGAGUUGCAGACAAUGUGUCUCACGAGAUCUGGCCAAUACACCUACUCCAUCAAUACUCCCUCCUUCACUCCAUCAUCACCCCCUCCCUCACUCCAUCAAUACCCCCCCUCCUUCACACCAUCAUCACCCCCCUCCUUCACACCAUCAUCACCCCUCCUCCCUCAGCUCACAGACAUACAAGAUCAUUGAAACACACAUGCUCCCUACACACAAGAUCACUGACACACACACACACUCACUACAGACACAGUAUUUAAACCUUACCUGGCACUGAAGGCUGUGGGAGAGGAAGUUUUCUCUGGGAGGCCAUUUUCAGGCCUCUUCCUGCAGCAAGGUCCACUGCUUGAGUGCAGGAGGCUGGUUUCAGAACGGGGGUGAAGCUUCCAUGCGCCGCACCAGCCCCCAGCACCUGCCUGAAUUCCCUCGGACUGACAGAAGCUGUCACAGUCCGAGGGGAAAAUUAUUAAAAUAAAACAUUAGGGUUUCCUGCCGGCCCCAGGUACCGCGGCCCACCGGAAAAAUUCCCGUUAUCCCGGUGGGCCAGUCCAGCCCUGUGUUGUAGUGAGUGUGGUGGUAAUUUCCCCCUCCCUUUUUUUUUUUUGGGGUGUUGAUGAUGUUCUUCAAAUCUUCGUAAGUGGAUUGACGAUUUCUGGGGUUCUAACAGCACCCAAAUAUGAUAUUGUGGAAGUUUCCAAAUUCAUCCAGCAUUGGGAAGCUUUGAAGGACUCACAGCCAUUAAUUCCAAGAAUGGACCUUUUGGAUGGAUAUUGUGGAAUUAACAGCACUGCAUCAGACUUUGUGUGUAACGAGAUAAAAAAAAUGAAGGUUCAGCCUCGAAAACCCCCUUACAAUGUAAACACUAUUAUAAACUGAAGUAGAUAUGGUGCUUACACUGUCCCUUUAAAGUCCACGUGGCUUUUUAUGAUUCCCAAAAAUGUAUUACGUUUUAGUGAUGUUUAACAACAAAAUUGUAUUCCACUUUUAUGUUAAGACAACUUUCUUUGGUUCCAUUGCAUCGAAAUAUUUUUCUACACUUGAGAAUUUCACUGAAAAUGCUUUUGAUAAACAAAAUAAUGAGGAGAAAAAAAAGGGACAAUGUAAACAACUAAUGCGACAAGUUUUGCAUUUGAUGUUAACUUUUCAAAAUAGUUACUGCAGGAAUUUCAGAUUAAAGUGUAAUUUCCAUUCUCUAAACUGUUUCUUAAUCUCUCACCCCAGUAAAUUAAGGGAGUAUUGCAUCCUAGGCAUGUUUAAUAUAUACUUACCUCUGCAGUCCUUCUGUGUACUUUGCCUUCCAUACUUCCAUAAACCUGCAUACUCCCGCUACCUUCAGUGAAGUGAAAGUAAUGUUUUUUUGGCAGGUAUAUUCUCAAAACUUGACAUCUCUGGUAUUGUAUGAUAUUAACUGAGAGACACACACAAACUUCACCCACCCGUUGUUUAGUAUGCCAGGGCCGGAAUUACAUCAUAUUCCGGCUCACGGCAUCACAGAGGGCGCGCAAGGGAGGAGUGAGAGGCUGCAAGAAGAGCCUCCCUCGCCGCCUGCAUUCUCCUCCAGUCACCGACAUUUGAUGGCAGAGCAGGCACCUGUCAUCAAGAUAAGAAGGUGCAUACUGCAUACUGUGACAGUGCUCCUGAAGGCGCCCCCACUUCCGGGCGCCUGGAGGAGCGGCCUGGCACUGAGGGGGGGGAUGGCUCUAGAACCUCUUGCCCAGCGCUGCGGUUCAAGACAGCGGGAGCCCACGAGGAAAUAUCCUGACUAAUGGUGGCGCCGGCCCUGCAUUGACGAUAUAUCUCUGUGGUGAGAUUUUACAUAGAUCGCAACGAUCGCAAGAAUUAAAUACGGAAGGGCCUCUAGUGUGCGGCUGAGUGGCAGCAUUUUGAGGUGUUACUAGGGAACAAUGUAAGCAGCUUUGACAUUAUAAGGACUGCAUGGAAUGUUUGUACUAUGGCUCUAGUAUUCCUUGAAGAAGACAGAGAAUGACAUUAGGCACUUUUAUGUUAUACAACACAUUAAGAAUAGAACUUAUUCAAAUAACCCAAGUCUGAUGUCACAACAGUUGUAGAAUAUGUCCCAACAAUCUAUGGAAAAUCAAUUAAACAUUUUGUAUUUGUAACCUGCUCUAAUGGGGGGUUCUUUUUGCUUGUUUUUGUUUUUUUAUUAACUGUACCUAUACAUUUUCUAUACAGAUGUAUAUAUACAGAUGUGCUGUCAUUGCAUUACUCUGUAUCUAUAAUGUGUAAUGUCUUUCUUUUCAGUAGGAAAAAAAGAAAAGUCAAAGAAAUCUGCUAAACUAAAAAAGCACACGUCCUCACCUAGUAUGCACAAAAAGGAAAAAACACAGGAAAAGGUAAAUGUUUUCAGAAAAAAAGUGGUAAUGAUCUUGUCUACUCCUGGCAUUACCUGCUUUAGGGAAUUGACCACUUCGGUAUAGAUAUUGUAAGGUACAUUUCCUAUGCCCCCAGCAGCGGGAAAUAUUAGAACCUUAAGUAGAUUGGUUGUAGACAUAGAUGAAAUGCAUACAAUAAAAUAUAUGGAUGCACUUAUCAUCUAAAGACUCUAGUUGUGUAAUUUAAAAGAGUUAUGCUUCUGGCAAAUGCCUUUUGAUAUAGACUGAUUAUUUUAUGAACAUUUCCCUUUUUAUCUGAUUCAAUGGUUGUAAUUAGACUGAUUAAAAUUAAAAUAAUUAUUUAUAAAUGUAAUAAUGCCCAUCGUCACCUGUGCCAUAUCUAGAGUUACACAUCUAUGCUCCUGGUUUUUUUUUAAAUUUUUUUAAAGUUUUAUUCAUUCAGUGAAAUUAAUUCUAUACAUUAGAUAAGAGUUGGUAAUCCUGGGCUAUGUAUACCCCCUACUUCAUUUUAGAACCUAUGAGUUUCUAAUACUAAGCACUUGCUGGUUAGGGGUACUUAUAGAUUAACAUGUUAUUAGAGAGUAAUCUUGGUAGGAGUAAUCAGUUAAUUGUGUAAAUGCACAAGAAACCGUUUACUAGGAGAUGCUACAUUUAAUAAUUGUUAUUUUUACUCUCUAGUCAUCCCGUGAUUCUUCACCAUUCACGUGAGUAUAUUUCGGAGACACCGCUAUCUGUUAAACAUAGAAUUCCUGUCUAGAAAUUUAAUGUUUGUUUUUCAACAGAGUGAGCCUUCAGAGGAAUAAGUGGGAUGCCUCUCGUUCCUUGAGAUAUAAUCAGGAUGCUCAGAGAGAAGAAGGUGUGUAAUGCUUAAUUAAUAUGUAAUUUUACAGAUAUCCUAUAGUGCAGAUAUUAUCCUAUAAUUAAACUGAUCAAUAAAAUAUGUUUAGAUGUAUAAAAGUGUAGACAAUUGAAGUGUGUUGUUGCAAAAUUUAAAACAUGGCACAAUCACCAUAGAAACCAUUGGAAUUGUCAGGAGCAUGCUGCUGGCUUCCAUGGUGAUUGCCACACUUUUAGAACACUGCGACUUAUAUAAUAAAUUCCUCACUUGUGAUGUCCUCUGCAGUUAAAUAAGUCUGUAAAAGUAUUCUCUAUGUGCUAGAGCAAAGGAUUGUGCUCUUUAUAGAACAUUCUAAUGCCAUGCAUGUUCAGUUUUUCUUGCGAUCGAUUACACUCUGCUCCCUGUGUUUUCCAUUUCUUUGUAACUUGUAUGACUUCCAAGCACACGGUAGUCAGUGGCGGAUCCAGAGCCUGAUCUCGGGAGAGGCACUUGUAGAUUAUUUAAAUAAAUAAUCCUGGCACAAUAACCACUACAGCUCAGUGUAGUAGUUAUGGUGCCAGGAUCCCACCCCAGAGUAAGUAGUCAUACAGUUUAAGAACAGUUUGACAACUUACCUGGGGUCUGCUGGGAUAUAGGGCAUAGGAGCAGUUGUGUGUGUUAGGGGUGCAGUGUGUGUGAGCGGUGAAGUGUGUGUGUGUGUGAGUGCGUGAGGGCGGCAGUGUAUGUCAGGGUUGCAGUGUGUGUGUGGGGCAGUGUGUGUGAGGGUGGCAGUGUGUGUGGCAGUGUGUGUAUGGGGAGGGAACUUUAUGUAUGGGUGGCAGUGUGUGUAAGGGGGGCAGCAGUGUGUGUAGGGCACUAUAUGUGUCUGUGUGUGUAUGGGGGCAGUGUAUGUAUAGGGGCAGUGAAUGUGUGUGAUCGGGCAGUGUAUGUGUGUAUGGGGGGAGUGUAUGUGUGUUUGGGGGAGUGUAUGUGUGUAUGGGGGGGAGUGUAUGUGUGUAUGGGGGGCAGUGUAUGUGUGUGUGGGGCAGUGUAUGUGUGGGGCAGUGUAUGUAUGUGUAUGUUGGCAGUGUAUGUAUGUGUGGGGGGCAGUGUAUGUAUGUGUGGGGGGGCAGUGUAUGUGUGUUUGGGGGCAGUGUAUGUGUGUGUUUGGGGGGCAGUGUGUGUAUGUGUGUUUGGAGGGCAGUGUAUGUGUGUUUGGGGGGCAGUGUGUGUAUGUGUGUUUGGGGGGCAGUAUAUGUGUGUGUGUGGGAGAAGAAGGAGGGUAUGGAGGCUUUUUUUUUUUUUUUAAAGUAUUUAAUAAAAUAUAUUGAUGUCCCCCCUCCCUUCUUACCUUUGUUGAGGAGGAGGGGGGACAUUUCUCCGUCCCUGGUGGUCCGUGGUGAAUCACUGGUGGUCCAGUGUGGAGUGGACUCUAGCCCGCGCUCCAGGGCUAGACUUCACUAUGGUAACCGUGGCAGCGCUCCAAAUCUCGCGAGAGGAGGACCCAGAGGAGCUGCUGUUAAGAGCUCCCGGGUCCUCUCUCCCUCCACCGCUGCUGUCAGCAAUGUGCCUGCGGACCGGGGAGGGAGAUCACUGAUCUCCCUCCCCGGUCUGCAGGCACAUAGCAGGGCUGGCACUUGGACAAUGCCAGCCCUGCAUUAGCCGGCAGGGGAGAAUCUCGGGGGAGGGGGGCAAUUGCCCCGUUGCCCCCCCCCUGGAUCCGCCAAUGACGGUAGUAGUUUCUGGUAGUAAUGAAACUAAAAUGAUUUGUUAGAGAAGUAGCUUCUUAAAACCUUGAAACCACCAAGAUAUGUUAUUUAUAAGGAAAGAAGAAAAUUGCCUUCUUUAACAGAGAAAAAGCACCCUCAAAUUAUAACCUAGCAGUCUGUAAGAUUCAACAUAUACAGGGUUAUACACUAAAGUGAGAAUUGUCUGGAAUUCAAAGUGAAUUUCAAAUUUCAGGCCAAAGCUGGCUUGGAAAAUGUAUCCAAGUCAGCUAUGCUUCCAGUUUGAUUAUUUUGGUCUAGAUCUUGAAUUUCCCAACAAGUCUCACUUUAGAUCUGAACAUUGAGUAAUUGUACAUAAAUACCAAACAUAAGUUCAUAACAUCCAGGUACCGGGCUGGAACAAUCUGCAAAGUUCCAGGCUCAGCUGAAUAAAGCAGGUACAGGUAUACCCUGUUACCUAAAAAAAAGGGGAAAAAACUAAAUGGAAAAUCUCAUUGUUCUGAAGAAGUAUACAUUUUUAAAAGACAUAUUUCUUACUGGAUCUUGGCUUGUGAAAUACUGACUCGUAAUUAUGGGAACCACUGAACCUGAUUGUGAGAAAAAGCAGAACCUGGUAGAGGAUACUUCAGACCCGAUCACUAAAAUUGGUACACCCGGCUAUUCCCCUUACAUAUGUGAAGUUUACUGCAUCUUCAGGGAAAAGAGGCUGAACCUUGACUGAGUAUUAUGCACCACACAUACCCUGGUCAUCUCCUGAAGGAGAGAGUUUCACUAACAGAGGUACACGCAGGGAGCAGAACCAUGGCUGGUCUACAAAAAUUGGGGCUUGGUGAGCAGAAGGUCAACUCUUGGCCUGCUAAAACUCCUAACUGCUGUAAGACAGGGAAAAAGACUGGAAGGUGCAGCUCUAUUUAUACUAAGCUCAGAGAUCUGCUUAUUGUCCUUUUUGCUUCAAGGGUGUUGGCUAACCCAUUGGUUAAUGCUGCCAUGGGUUGCUCAGGUAUACUAUGGUGCUUAAUGUGACAUCAUGUACUGUCCUGAGCGAUGCAGAGAAUUCCAGUGUAGUCCGGGGCAGAUUUGUUAAUGAGAAAGGGAACAAUACCACAGGAGCAUUAGGUAAGUUACAUUAGUAUUGAUAAAGGUGAAAGCAAAGCAACCACAAGUGCAACAUGUUUGUGGGAACUUGUGUUAGGAAGAAUUUUCUGAACAAUUAUUUGUUUAAUUUUUGAAAGAAUGCCACAAGUAUGUUUACUAUUGUAUCUGCAAAAGGUGUCUACUUUGAGGCAGAAAUGUACAUUUUCUUAAACAUAGUUAUUUGUUUAUUUUUUUUAAUUUUAUCUAGUUGUUUAUUUGUUCUAUGCUUUAAUCUCAAGAACAUUGAGACACUAAACUUCAUGAAUUUUAAUAAACACUUGAAAAUGGCUGUGUGUGAAUAUAUACACAGAUACCUAACUGAUUGUGUUUUAAAAGUUUUCCUUUCAUUCGUGACAGAUCAGCGAAGGAUGACUGAAAUCACAGGACAUCUGAUAAAAAUCCGAUUAGGAGACCUGGAGCGUGUCAGGGCCAAGGAUUGCAAAGAAGUAAGUGCUGCCCUAUACCUCUCUGUCUUUCCUACUCAGGCAUGGAACUACAGGUGGGUGCAACUGGUGCGAUCACGCCGGGGCCUUUGCAGGUCAGGGAACCUGGCAACGUAGAGUAUAAGAAACCACAGUGCCCUUAUUGCCUGCGCUAGCACCCCUGGGUUUUCCCGCUGCAAAAAUAUAGGGAAACAGGGCUGUGGCCUGCAGGGACGCUCAUUUGGAACCAGACUCAUAAGGGCCUGGGGGAGGGAGAUCUGGACUCUGAGAGCGAGUCCAUGUGUGUGUAUCUGUGCAUGUGUGUCAGAGUGUGGGUUUUGUGCAUAUGUUGUUAUGUGUGUGUGCACAAAUGCUUGUGUGUCAAUCUGUUGGAGUGCAUCUGUGUGUUUCCCUGUGAAGCAAUCUGUAGGUGUUUGUGACACUGUCAAUAUGUAGAUAUGCUUCUGCAUGCAAACUCCAACAUUACACACAAACACAAUUGCAUUCAAAUUCUAACGCUACCCACAAACACACCAACAUUUCUAACGCUACCCACAAACACACCAACCUUACACACAAACAAACCACUGCAUUAACACAGCAACACUACACACAAACACUCCACACACAAACACUGCACUGCAUUUACACACCAACACACGUCUGCAUUUAAACAUUAACACCACGCACAAACCCAACUGACCCCUGCAGUCAAACUUUAAUAAUACACAAACACACAUACUCCAUAUAAAGGCACCCAUAUAUUCACACACAGGCACUGCUCACAAAUACAACCCUGCAAGGAUGGGUAAAGAGUAGGUCGACAGUGGCAAAGCAUUGUGGAAGUUGUAUGGCAGUUAAUACAAGUUAGUACAUUUUGUCCACCCCAAACGGUUUGGCUUUUUUCUCAGCAUUCAUUCUGCCACUGUUCCAGCCACUCCGUUGCAUUUUAUUGUUUAUUCCUCUUGUUAUCUAUUUUACUUGUCUUGUUAUCUAUCAUGCUUGUCUUGUUUUAAAGUGACUUGGUGUAACUUUAAAUAGCAUUAUAUUCAAUCUAUAUGCAGUUCUAUUAGAACUAAAAGGAGGUGUCAUAGUCUUACCUCUCCCUUUUCAAACCAUCUUUGGCAUACAGGGCUAUACCAAUAAUGCACAAAAAAGAGAAAGCUAGGGGUAGCGCCACAAUUUAGUAAAAUAUACAGUAUAGAAUAAUGAAUAAAUAGAGAAACUUAGGAAGCUAUAAUAUAGCACACAGGUUUAUAUAUUGAAGUCCAAAGAGGAGCAAAAAAGUCCAAUAUAUGAAAGUCCCCGUUUCUAGUGUAAAAAUACACUUACCACUUACUGCCUGCCCAGUAGUGAUGAGAGUGAGCACAGGACUUAUCUUUUUGUAUUUGUAUUUACUUUGUAUCACACAGCCUUGUUACAAUGCUGCCGCCCAUCCCAUGUGUUCCCUAUUAAGGGUUAAUAAUUAUAUGGGGAUGUAUAAAAAAAAUACCCCUCUCUGUCUCAUUAGAGAUAUCUUUGCCAGAAGCUCAAGGAAUCAGGCUGAAGGGUCAGUGUAGGACCCGCCUUAGGGGGGUCAGCCUUGACGUUGGCAGGCAGGCAUUCCCUCCAAUGGCCAUUGGAGCAACUAAAUGACCUCCAUUUGUCUAAAUAUACAUAGGGAUUAAGGAGAGAGCGCAGGUAACUUUUUCUUUUCUUUGGUUUUUACUAUAUAUUGGGGCUGAUGUGUACUGUAGUCAUUGCUGCUGGCCCAGUAGUGAUGGUAGUGAGCGCAGGACUUAUCUUUUUGUAUUUGUACUUACCAAAAGUGCUUGAUUUAGUUAUAGUCCCACUCACGUUUUAUGGAGCUGUAACUAGCUCCAGUAUGAAUGGCAUACAGUGGUACAAUCCCCACUUGCAAGGAUAUGUGAGGGUAGUGUCUUUGUAGUAUAAGAACCAUAAAAUAUAAAAAAAGAAGUAACAAUAGUGUUCACUGUAUAAAAUACCAGGAGUUAAAAAGAACAAACUUACAUUUACCAGAGCAGGCAAACUGCUCUAUGGAUAGAGCAUGGAUGGUAUAAUCCCCACCAAGGAUGUCUUGAGAUUAGUACUCACUGGAGGUAAAAAUCAGGUGCCAUGCAGUAUUAAGUAAUAAUAAUAAUAAAAUGUAGAAAAAAGAGGAAAGUGGCCAAAAUACCUUUAUUUUUAAAACUAUAAAACCGUAUAAAACAGCAUAUGAAGUAACCACAGCGCGUUUCGCCUCAGGGGCUUUUUCAAAUGGGGAUAGCCACCUCCAUACAUACUACCUUCCCUAGCCAGAUAUCUUAGCAUUUAUCUUUCCCUUCCAUUCCUAUGCCAAUAAUGAACAGACAGGUAAGAGCAGGAGAAUCCGUCUCUAGGUAUUUCUCAUUCACUGUAUUUGCAUUUUCACUUUGCCAGAAGAAUGUAGGAUCAUCACAUGCAUUGACAAUGAAGUUAGUCUUUUGACAGGUUAUGGGAGGAAUGUAUUGUUUUGGGCUACUUAGGAGAUGUGCAGGGAGUGAGAAGAAACUGGUGGUGUGGUUUAAAGUAAUGUAGAAUUAAUGAACCUGGAUUCUGGCUGCCACAACAAAUCCGAGGAGGUAACUAUUUAAUCAAUAGAUCAUUACGCAAUGCAAUAUAUUGUUAGGUAAGUUACAUUAGUAUUGAUGGUACAAUAAAAGUGAAUGUCAUGACAGAUACUCUUCUAGAAACCUUAGCUUCAGUUUGAACUCAUUGGAAAAUAUUUGCUAUAUAGUGCGUACAAUUAUUACUGAUGUGUAGUAGUACUAUAUCACGUGUCUUUGCAAAUAAAAUAAUCUGUCAUUUAAAUAUCAUACAUUUAGACUGGUUUCACCUUGUAAGAGAUUUGAUAGAUUUACAUUUCUUUCUGCAGCAGGCUGCAGGUAUAUACUCUAGAUUGGAAGCUCAAGUCAAGGCUACUGCUCAAACGAAUGCCCGUCAGAGUAACGCAGAGAAGAACCCCAGGUAAUGUGUGUGUGUGUGUGUAUUUAUAUCAAUGCAGUUUGAUUCUGUAUAACAUGUCUUCAAUAUAAACCAGGUGAUAACGGUUCUAAAUAACCAGUCAUAAAGGUGUGCACUUGCUUUAAAAAAAAAAUAAUAAAAAAAAUGUUAAAAACAUUACAAAUAUAUAGAUUUUCCCCCUUUUCUAGCUCUCCUGUGAUGCAAUUCCAUGAUGAUUGCAACCGUCUGCAGAUAGCCAGGUCCAAUUACAUAACUCAAAUUUACACUUCCAUUGACUGAUUGCAUAGCUCUUAUGGAUUAGGUGUCCCAUAGUCCCAUAUGGAUUAGGUGUCCCAUAAGUCAAACUGCUCUAUGGAUAGGGCAUGGAUGGUAUAAUCCCCACCAAGGAUGUCUUGAGAGUAGUACUCACUGGAGGUAAAAAUCAGGUGCCAUGCAGUAUUAAGUAAAAAUGGAGGCUGAAUGCAAUUGAAAUUGACAUCCAGAAUAUCAGCUAGAACAUAGUGUUUUAAGUAAUACCAUAAAACGUAUCUCUUUAGGCAAGCUUAUCAUAUGCCUGACUAGUUUUUAUCCAUUAAACCUGUCUAUACCAUCUCUCCGAACCUAUUUCAGUCUCUCAGAUUCCAAAUACACAGCUUUCCUACAAAAGUCUAUUAGUUUAGCAAUACUAUCUCUAAACCUGGUGAUCGUAUUCCCCCACAUUGUUCUCUUGUGUUCUUUGCCUCAGCUCCUCGAGAUUGUAAGCACAUUUGAGCAGAUUCUUCAUGAAAGGACCACUAAAGUCACCCAGACCACGUCAUCUCAAUGAAGUGGUUCCUCAGUAGUUUUAACCAUGCAAUGUGAAACAUUGCACAUUGCGGUGUAAAAUCCUAGUAAAACUCUGUCACUGACAUGGAAGCUUGUAGGAAAGCAUUGAAUUCAAGGCUUUCUUAUGGAGAAGCUUGGAUGCACACGGAGGACGCUCCACGCAUUUGCGUCAGGUCCCCAGUGCUCCUCUUAAGGAGCAUUAGAUUGGACCAUCGUGGAGGAAGCCAUGCUUUCUCAAUAAUGUCACGGGAGACAGAAAGGUGAAUAGCACAGAUGCAGUAUCAGUGCUGGAAUAAUGUGAGUAAAAUAAUUUGUUAAUUUUAUGGCGAUCAUGGAAGGAGGGGGCACAAAACUAGACAGGGACAGGUUUGUAUUGCUAACAUUGUAGUGUUCCUUUAAUUUCUUCUUCCUGUUAUUGUUUGUAAUAGUUUGCUGUUCUAUCCCCUCUUAUAAAAUUCUAAAGCACUGCAGACCUUUUGUCAUUAAUUAAAUGAUUUAUCCGAAGAUGCUACAUUUUGUAGUUGUUGCGCAAUAUGUUAUGGUAUAUGUUUCCCAUGAUAGUCAUUCAGAAUAAUGAUUAGCCAGAUAUUAGUAAUUAUUUGCACAAUAUGAAAUAGUGUCUUGUGACAAUCAGCCAGGCUAAUGGCCUUUAACAUUCUACAAUCUGUAAUCUUAGAUUGUUACUAUGUUAGAUUUAGCAGUUUGCCAUCUUUUUUGCUUGUAAACAUGUGAAUGCCACGAAGUAUUAAAACUAGAUUGAUUGCCUCCGUUACUCUCUUCACCUGUUGUAUUUAUUUUCUUCUCAUUAUUUUGCAGGUCUAAACCUCGUUUUGGCCCUGGAAGGCCAUUAUAAAUAAAGAAUUGAUAGCUUGACAACUCUUACAACAGUACAGUUUGGAAAUCUGCAGAAAUUUAUUUGUCUUUUCCAAACUGGGUUAUUUAUUGAACUUUGCAAGCCUGGCUGUUUGGGGAACUGCAUAUAUUUGGUCUCUAAAAAUUAUUUAAUCUGUAAAUAUUCUGUUUUUUUUAUUAAACUUAUUUUAAGAUGUUAUUACAAA